AGACAACAGAUGUGAGAAAGGUCCCAGAGCUGUCAGGUUUCAGCAUCCUUGUGCCGAAGUAGGGAGGCGCCAACAUGAUUGAUGGUCGGAGCCUGUAUAAAACCGGUCCACCUCUCAGCAGCUGCUUGUCACACUGACCCACACCAUCUCUCUGCUGCCCUUGGGGUUUCUGUCAACCGCUGCUAGAGGGAGAAAACCUUUUGGAGAGUAAUCUUUUGUUGUGGUCAUGCCAGAACCCACUAAGAAAGAGGAAAAUGAAGUGUCCGCCCCAGCCCCUCCCCCGGAAGAAUGGUCUCUUGGUGAGUCACCUGCUGGCGGGGAGGAGCAGGACAAACAGAAUGCCAACUCCCAGCUAUCCACCCUGUUUGUUGAAAAACCUCAAACUGGAUCGGUGAAAGUUGGUGCAAACAUUACCUUUGUAGCCAAAGUUAGGGCUGAAGAUCUUCUUAGAAAACCCACUGUCAAAUGGUUCAAGGGGAAAUGGAUGGAUCUGGCCAGCAAAGCCGGGAAACACCUGCAGCUGAAGGAGACCUUCGAGAGGCAAACUCGGGUAUACACAUUCGAGAUGCAGAUCAUCAAAGCCAAAGAGAACUACGCAGGGAAUUAUAGGUGUGAGGUCACCUACAAGGAUAAAUUUGACAGCUGUUCGUUUGAUCUUGAAGUCCAUGAGUCUACUGGGACUACUCCAAACAUUGACAUCAGAUCUGCCUUCAAAAGAAGUGGAGAAGGUCAAGAAGAUGCAGGGGAACUUGACUUUAGUGGUCUCCUGAAACGUAGGGAGGUGAAGCAGCAGGAGGAGGAGCCCGAGAUAGACGUGUGGGAGCUGCUGAAAAAUGCCAACCCCAACGAAUACGAGAAGAUCGCUUUCCAGUAUGGCAUCACCGACUUGCGUGGCAUGCUUAAGCGGCUCAAGCGCAUGCGCAGGGUGGAAAAGAAGAGCGCAGCUUUUGCAAAAAUUCUCGAUCCUGCAUAUCAGGUGGAUAAAGGAGGCAAAGUGAGAUUUGUCGUGGAGUUGGCAGACCCAAAACUAGAGGUGAAAUGGUUUAAAAAUGGCCAAGAGAUUCGACCCAGCACAAAAUACAUCUUUGAGCACAAAGGAAACGAGAGAAUCAUGUUUAUUAAUAACUGUUCGCUGACAGAUGAUUCGGAGUACUAUGUGACAGCUGGAGAUGAGAAAUGUUCUACUGAGCUCUUUGUAAGAGAGCCUCCAAUUAUGGUGACUAAGCAGCUGGAAGACAUGAACGCUUACUGUGGGGAGAGGGUAGAGAUGGAAGUUGAGGUGUCUGAAGAUGAUGCCAAUGUAAAAUGGUUUAAGAAUGGUGAAGAGAUCUUCCCUGGUCCAAAGUCAAGAUACAAGAUUAAAGUUGAAGGCAAAAAACACACGUUGAUCAUAGAAGGAGCAACAAAGGCUGACAGUGCGGAGUACUCAGUCAUGACAACCGGGGGACAAUCAUCUGCCAAACUCAGCGUUGACUUGAGACCUCUAAAGAUCACGACGCCUCUGACUGACCAGACAGUAAAACUUGGGAAAGAAGUAUGCUUGAAGUGUGAAAUCUCUGAAAAUGUACCAGGAAAAUGGACAAAAAAUGGCCUCCCUGUUCAGGAGGGUGAGCGUCUGAAGGUUGUUCACAAGGGAAGAAUCCACAAGUUAGUCAUAGCCAACGCUCUCAUUGAAGAUGAAGGUGAAUAUGUAUUUACACCAGAUGCCUACAAUGUUCCUUUGUCUGCCAAAGUUCAUGUCAUCGACCCCCCCAAGAUCAUCCUGGAUGGCCUGGAUGCUGAUAACACAGUGACAGUGAUAGCUGGAAGCAAGCUUCGCCUGGAGAUCCCUGUCACAGGGGAACCACCUCCCAAAGCCAUCUGGAGCCGAGCAGAUAAGGCUAUUAUGGAAGGCAGUGGUCGGAUCAGGGCAGAAUCCUACCCUGACAGCAGCACGCUGGUCAUUGACGUGGCAGAGAGAGACGACUCUGGUGUGUACAACAUAAAUCUGAAAAAUGAGGCUGGAGAAGCACAUGCAAGCAUCAAGAUUAAGGUUGUGGAUAUCCCUGAUCCUCCAGUGGCACCAAAUGUGACAGAAGUGGGAGAUGACUGGUGCAUCAUGAACUGGGAGCCUCCUGCCUAUGAUGGAGGGUCUCCAAUCUUAGGAUACUUUAUUGAGAGGAAAAAGAAACAAAGCUCCAGGUGGAUGAGACUGAAUUUCGAUCUCUGCAAAGAGACAACUUUUGAGCCCAAGAAGAUGAUUGAAGGCGUGGCCUACGAGGUCCGAAUCUUUGCAGUCAAUGCCAUUGGCAUCUCCAAGCCCAGUAUGCCCUCCAAGCCCUUUGUUCCUUUGGCUGUGACCAGCCCUCCUACUCUUCUGGCUGUCGACUCCGUGACUGACUCAUCUGUGACAAUGAAGUGGAGGCCCCCAGAUCAGAUUGGCGCAGCAGGUUUAGAUGGCUAUGUGCUAGAGUAUUGCUUUGAAGGAACUGAGGACUGGAUAGUUGCAAACACAGACCUGAUCGACAAGACCAAGUUCACCAUCACUGGUCUGCCCACGGAUGCGAAGAUCUUUGUGCGCGUGAAGGCUAUCAACGCGGCUGGGGCCAGUGAGCCCAAAUACUAUUCUCAGCCCAUCCUUGUGAAGGAAAUCAUUGAGCCACCAAAGAUUCGCAUCCCAAGGCAUCUGAAGCAAACUUACAUCCGCAGAGUCGGAGAAGCCGUCAAUCUGGUGAUUCCUUUCCAGGGUAAACCAAGACCAGAGUUGACCUGGAAGAAGGACGGUGAAGAAAUUGACAAGAAUCAAAUAAACAUUCGCAACUCAGAGACUGAUACCAUCAUAUUCAUCCGGAAAGCAGAGCGGAGCCACUCGGGCAAGUACGACCUGCAGGUCAAAGUGGAUAAAUACGUGGAAAAUGCCUCGAUCGACAUCCAGAUUGUUGACCGUCCAGGUCCACCCCAGACUGUGACUAUUGAAGAUGUGUGGGGAGAGAAUGUUGCCCUAACAUGGACACCACCAAAGGACGAUGGGAAUGCUGCCAUCACAGGGUACACCAUCCAGAAGGCCGACAAGAAAAGCAUGGAAUGGUUCACCGUCAUUGAACAUUACCACCGAACCAACGCCACCAUUACUGAGCUGGUCAUAGGGAACGAGUAUUACUUCCGGGUCUUUGCUGAAAACAUGUGCGGCCUUAGCGAGGAUGCGACUAUGACAAAGGAGAGUGCAGUGAUUGCCAAGGACGGUAAGAUCUAUAAAAAUCCAGUGUACGAAGACUUCAAUUUCACAGAGGCCCCCAUGUUUACUCAACCUUUGGUUAACACCUAUGCCAUCGCUGGUUACAAUGCCACCCUGAACUGCAGCGUCCGAGGAAAUCCCAAGCCCAAAAUCACCUGGAUGAAAAACAAAGUGGCUAUUGUGGAUGACCCAAGAUACAGAAUGUUCAGCAACCAAGGAGUCUGUACCCUGGAGAUCCGCAAGCCUAGUCCUUAUGACGGAGGCACGUACUGCUGCAAAGCAGUCAAUGACCUCGGGACGGUGGAGAUUGAAUGCAAACUGGAGGUGAAAGUGAUAUAUCAAGGAGUAAAUACCCCUGGACAGCCAGUCUCCCUGGAGGGGCAGCAACAGUCGUAGCACAGUAAGGAUGUUUGAAUGUAUAUUGUCACCCAAGGUGGGCUGUCCUUCUGCAGGCUCCUCCUGCAAGGCGUGCCUCCAAACAUAAUUGAUUCCUAUUUGCGAGACUUACAAUCAAGUAAUCCAGAGGAAUACUGAGGGCAGGGCAUUGCUUCUAGACACACCACUGCUUUGAAAUCUGAUUGCAAAUGGAUAGUACUUUCUGGUUUUCUCCCAGGCCCCCAAGUGUGGUCACUUUCUUUCUUUCCUCCUAACCUUGAAGAAAGUAAAAAAAUAAUAAGAAGAAUAAUUGUUUGCACAGAUUGCUUAAUUAAAAAUUGCAAACAAAGUC